UCUGCUUGUGUCGCACUCACACUGACAGCGGACAAGCUUCAUCACGAAUUUCUGAACGGGGAACUUGCUGGGAUUCUACCCGACACAUCUAUCCUCCUGUGGGAAUCUUACGCAAGGGUCAGUUUUGACAUCAGUAGAUGCCGGCGUCGCAGUGGGAUUUGUCCGCUCGCUAGUUUGUCGGAAUGUCAGGACGCAACUCGGGGGUGGGUGAGCCCGCCGAGAGCCGCUUCCACGUGGACCUGGUCCACGAGGACGAAUCGCGGGGCCGAUUCAGAGUGGGCUUUGGUGACCCCGGCGCGUUGGGCAGCGCCGCCGACAUCGGGCUCCCGCCGGAUGUUUUCCUGGAGCCCGACGCACCGCGUAGCGACUCGGUCAGCCUACACUCGACGGGCACCGGGCAGACGCAGGUGUCGGACACGCACUCCAACACGUACUACAUGAGGACGUUCGGACAUAACACGGUGGACGCCGUGCCCAACAUCGACUUCUACCGCCACUCGGACGCUACGCUGGGCGAGAAGAUGAACAGACCCUCACUGGCUGAACUUCACGACCAACUCGACAAGGACCCACUGGAGGACGGGCUGGCCAACGGGGAGGAGCCGUCGGCGGCCGAGGAGGGGGCGGCCCGGGCGGCCAAGGAGACCAAAGGAGCCGCCAUCAAGUUUGGUUGGGUCAAAGGAGUCCUGGUGCGAUGCAUGCUGAACAUCUGGGGCGUGAUGCUCUUCAUCCGAAUGUCGUGGAUCGUGGGACAGGCCGGCAUUGGACUGACCGUGGCCAUUGUCCUAAUGGCCACGGUGGUGACCACCAUCACGGGUCUGUCCACCUCCGCCAUCGCCACCAACGGCUUUGUACGAGGAGGUGGCGCUUACUACCUGAUCUCCAGGAGCUUGGGUCCAGAGUUCGGGGGUUCCAUCGGUCUCAUCUUUGCAUUCGCAAACGCGGUGGCAGUGGCCAUGUAUGUGGUGGGCUUCGCCGAGACAGUGGUGGAGAUGCUCAACGACGUGGACGCCUUGAUGACGGACGAGCUGAACGACAUCCGCAUCGUGGGCGCGUUGACCGUCAUCCUGCUGCUGGGCAUCUCGGUGGCCGGGAUGGAGUGGGAGGCCAAGGCUCAGAUUGUCCUGAUGCUCAUCCUGCUGGCCGCCAUCGCAAAUUACUUUGUCGGAAGUCUCAUACCUGACCAGGACAAGAAGGCCAAAGGAUUCUUUGGAUAUCAAACGGCUAUAUUUGUGGAAAACCUGGGUCCAGACUUCCGGGAUGAUGAGACCUUCUUCUCCGUCUUCGCCAUCUUCUUCCCGGCAGCCACGGGAAUCCUGGCGGGAGCCAACAUCUCCGGAGACCUUAGUGACCCCCAGUCUGCCAUCCCCAAAGGAACGCUACUCGCCAUCCUCAUCACGGGCCUGACCUACGUGGCCGUGGCCAUCUCUGCAGGCUCGUGCAUGGUGAGAGACGCUACGGGCGACGUCAACGACACGCUGAGCGACACCAUCAACUGCACUGAUGCCGCCGCUUGCACGCUGGGCUACGACUUCUCCAUCUGCAAAGAGGGAGGCUGCCAGUACGGCCUCAUGAAUGACUUUCAGGCAAUGAGUCUGGCAUCGGCCUUUGGGCCUCUCAUCACGGCGGGAAUUUUCUCGGCCACCCUGUCGUCCGCUCUGGCCUCGCUGGUCAGCGCUCCAAAAGUCUUCCAGGCUCUUUGCAAGGACAACAUCUACCCAGGCUUGGGAGUCUUCGCCAAAGGUUACGGCAGGAACAAUGAGCCUCUGCGCGGCUACGUGCUAACCUUCUGCAUUGGCCUCGCCUUUAUCCUCAUCGCCGAGUUGAACAUCAUCGCUCCAAUCAUCUCCAAUUUUUUCCUGGCGUCCUACGCGCUGAUCAACUUCUCCGUCUUCCAUGCCUCGCUGGCCAACUCUCCGGGGUGGCGUCCGAGCUUCAAGUACUACAACAUGUGGGUGUCCCUGAUGGGCGCCAUCCUGUGCUGCGUCGUGAUGUUUGUCAUCAAUUGGUGGGCGGCGCUGGUCACGCUGCUCAUUGUCCUGGCGCUCUACAUCUACGUCAGCUACAAGAAGCCUGACGUCAACUGGGGAUCAUCCACUCAGGCUCUCAUCUAUAACCAGGCUCUCACGCAGUGUCUCAACCUGACUGGUGUGGAGGACCAUGUCAAGAACUUCAGGCCUCAGUGUUUGGUCCUGACCGGGUAUCCUAGCUCUCGGCCCGCUCUGCUGCAGCUGGUCCAUUCCUUCACCAAGAACGUGGGCCUGAUGGUGUGCGGACACGUCAGAAUCGCGUGUCGGCGUGCCAACGCAAAAGAGGCGUCUCAAGAGCAUGCGCGCUGUCAGCGUUGGCUCAACAAGAAGCGCAUCAAAGCUUUCUACGCUCCGGUCUUCUCCGACACGCUCAGGCAUGGCGUGCACUUCCUCCUCCAGUCAGUGGGCCUGGGCCGCCUGAAACCCAACACUCUGGUGCUGGGCUUCAAGAACAACUGGAUGGAGGGUCACAUGAACGACGUGGAGACGUACAUCAACAUCAUCCAUGACGCCUUUGACCUGCAGUUUGGUAUGGUGAUCCUGAGGCUUCCUGAGGGAUUGGACGUCUCUCACAUCCAGGGACAAGACGAGCUGUCUUGUUCCAAUGACAAGCCUCCGGUCAGCAAGGACACUCCGGUGACCGUCACUCUGACCAAAGACUCGGAUUCAGACUCGAGUCCGUGCAAGACUGCUAGCAACCAGAGCAGCCCGCUCAUCAUCAGAGAUAGUAAAGCUGCACUGAGUACAAGUGAUCAACGCCUCCUUGAAUCCAGUCAGCAGUUCAAGAAGAAACAAGGGAAAGGCACCAUCGACGUCUGGUGGCUUUUUGAUGACGGAGGGUUGACACUGCUGCUUCCCUACCUGCUGACCAACCGGAGCAAAUGGGCCGACUGCCGCAUUCGAGUCUUCAUCGGAGGAAAGAUCAACCGCAUCGACCAUGACAGACGCAUGAUGGCGACGCUGCUUAGCAGGUUCCGCAUCGACUUCUCCGACAUCAACGUUCUAGGAGAUAUCAACACCAAACCCAAGAAACACAACAAGUUGUGGUUCAAGGCCAUGGUGGAGCCGUACAGGUUGAAGGAGGAGGAUAUGGACCAGGAGGCGGCCGAGCGUCUGAAAGCCGAGCAGCCCUGGAGGAUCACCGACAACGAGCUGGAGCUCUACAAGGCCAAGAGCAAUCGGCAGAUCCGACUCAACGAGCUCCUCAAGGAACACUCCAGUGACGCCAAGCUCAUUGUCAUGACGAUGCCAUUGGCGAGGAAGGGCGUGGUUUCUAGCGCCCUCUACAUGUGCUGGCUGGAAACGCUGUCCAAGGAACUUCCUCCUCUCCUGCUGGUGCGAGGAAACCACCAAAGCGUUCUCACCUUCUACUCCUAACACGCACACAAGCGCAAUAAAAUCACACUUUGACUUUAGCGACACUUGCUGUGUUUCUGUCGACCUUUAAAAAAAAAAAAAGUGUUAUUAAAUUGUCAUAACACACUGAUCAAAUGUACAUUUAACGGUUUGUUUACAUGUAUAAAAGUUGUAUUGAUGCAGAGAAAGAACGUGUCCGUCGCCUUGUUAUUUUUGCUUUUACGUGAAUAAACUAUUAGGGUGGCCGACA